AUGUUCCUCCAACGCACAGCUUUCGCCCUUGCAAGGCGCGCCCCUGUUAGAGCCAUUGCUGCUCGUCCUUUUUCCUCUUCCAUCGUCCGCUGCCAAAAGAAAUAUGAGGUGAAGAAGGAGGGCAAGAUUCUUCCCUUUGAAGAUAUCAAGAGUGAAGAGGACCUCAUUCCUCCGGGUGCUAAACCCGGUACCGUCCCCACGGACGUUGAGCAGGCCACCGGUCUUGAGCGUCUGGAACUUAUCGGAAAGAUGCAGGGCAUUGACAUCUUCGACAUGAGACCCCUCGAUGCUUCCAGAAAGGGAACCCUUGACAACCCCAUCAUUGUCAAGAGCGCUGGUGACGAGCAGUACGCCGGUUGCACUGGAUACCCCGCAGACUCUCACCACACUGUCUGGCUGACGGUAUCUCGUGAUCGUCCUAUCGAGCGCUGCGGCGAGUGUGGUAAUGUCGUCAAGCUGGAGUAUGUUGGACCUGAGGAGGACCCCCAUGCUCACGAGCAUCACAGCCACCACCCCCCUCACGAGGAACCCAAGACCUUCGCCGACUACGUCAAGCCUGAGUACUGGUACCGGUAA